AUGGCUUGCAAAACCAUUACAAAAACAUCAUUAUUCACUUCCAGCAAUAAUAAAAAUAAUAAAACAACUACUUUAUCACUCACUUUAACUCCUUCACUAAAUGAAAGGGAAAUAAACGUGAGAUUAACGAAAAUAUUUACGAAAAUUGGCCAGCUUGACAUAGCACAACAAGGAAUUCAAGAUUUACACGACUUUUUAAUCGAGUAUCCUGAAUGUGACGUAAAAGUAAACGCAUUUCUUGCAAGUGCUGGCACUUUCUUCCACAAGUACAUAAACAAGCGUUUAGCUGAAAUAACUACACGAGAAAUGAAGGCACGUGGAAUGAUACAACAAGAUUCCACGGAUAAUGUUGCCAUUGCUAACAAUAGCAGCAAUAAUAUCAAAUCAGUCACAUCCACGACGACGAUACCAGCAUCAUCAAUAAUAUCAUCAAUUAAAAAGUCCACACCACUAUCAAUAUCAAAGAAACCAAAACUUCACAAGAUAAAUACGAGCAGAUUCUCAUCUAGCUCGACAUCAUCAAAUGUAAGUAGUAGAAAUGGCGGUGAUAGUGAUACAUCAUCUCCUUACUCUUCAUCCGGUGAAUACACCCCUCCUUCAUCUCCCGAGACUGCUUCCUCUCCAACCUUACUCUCAAGUCGCAUGUCUCGUGAAUUCAAAGAAAAAGUUACCAGGGAAACAUUUGAACAAACAAAAUCACGCCUGCACAAAAUAUUUAAAUAUGAAGAACACAAGAAUGGUGAAAAUGUUACUACUAGCCUAGCCACAAAGUUAGAAGGAUUCCAAAGUGAUGUUGAGAAAUUACAAUUUGUCAAAAAUAUCAUAUUAUCCAAACCACGCCUUGCUCGUAAAUUCGCCUGGAAUAUCUAA